AUGCUGCCACUUGUCCCGGAGAGCCACUUUGGCCUUUGGCUGGACCUGCUGGAGCUUGCGCACGCGGAGCAGGGGCUGGUGCGAGGGUACCGCCAGCUUGCGCCGGCGUGCUACCUGGGCUUUACACUGGGAGACAGGCACGCCUGUCCCGCGGAGAACGCGAGCUGGAGCCUGUUGCUCGUGGACCCCGUGCUGCAGCAAGCUGCUCGGGUUGCGGGCGCGGAAGGUACGGUGCGGAUCAUGGCGAGCACUUGGGCGCUGCGCCUCGACCGCAGCCCUGCCUGGCCACCUGCAAGCCUGCUGGCCGCUGAGCGGCGGCUACUCCGUGGCGCGAGUGGCGCCUGGGCCCUCGAGGAUGUGUACUCCCGCGGCGGCAGCUGUCGACUGGCGGUAGGGUCUGGGCCGGUGCUGGUGCACGACAACUGCCAUGGCGAGGACUGGGAGAGGAGGCUCCAAGGCCGCUGGCUGCACUGCCCGCUGAACGCUCCAUUGGCGCUGCUGGCGGUGUCCAAGGCCGGGUCCACGGCGGUGGCGCGCUGGGCGCUGCAGGUGGACUUCCCCAAGGGCCGAGACCUGGCGCUCAUGGCGAGGACCUGGGCACCCCAUGCGCCCAGCAGCCGCCAGCGCUUCCUGGACUGGGCAAGUCGCUGGCUCUUUCCCCGGCCCGAAGCGCGUGUGGGACGCCAGCUGCCGGCUGAAGACGUAGAGCGCUUGCGGCGCCUGGCAGCUCCGUCGCGUUUUGGGGCACGGUCCUUUGGGGCUCCCAAGAGGCAGUGCCUGACCUGCUGUCGGCACGGCAGGGGCCGCCUCAAAAUCGCAGUGGUGAGGAACCCCUUCGCCCGGUGCUUGUCGGCGUACCGGGCCAUGUUCGCGCCCGCGCGCUCCGGCACGGGCUGGGUCAGUGGCGGCUUCCUGGGCCGCAACUGCUCAGCACGGGAGGACCUCAGCCACUUCCUGGCCUUCCUUGGUACAGCUGACUUCCAGCUGGGCGCAACCGGUGCUGCCGAGCAAUCGGUGCGGGUUGUCUUCCAAGCAGGCGACGGCUGGGAUUCGACCUGGCUGACACGACAGAAGCUGUACAGCCUCGGAGUUCACGCGGGGCCACUGGACUUCAACCGUUCGGGGCUGCAGGGCUUUCAGAUAGUGCACCUGGAGACGCUGCAGGAGGACCUGGCUGCGCUGGCGGAGCCGCUCUGCCAGCUGGGCUUUUGCAGGCAAGUCGGCCAGGAUGCUUGGCAAUGGCUCAUGUCACCCGAAUGA